CCACUACUUUUCAAACGCUAGUGCGCUGUUACCAGAACCCCCGGGUCCCACUACUCCCCCCGAUGAAGCCUUCGAACCUCCCACUUCUUAAUCCUGGAAGCAUAUGUGGGGUAAUAUGUUACCCCACGCGAAAUUCAAAUUACACCCCUGACUUAGGAAGGUUCGUUUGCAUACCGAGACCUAACCAUAAUUCAGUUUAGUCAUCCGGCAGUCGACCUCCGUCAUUCAGCGAGUGCGUUAGAUCCGUGCAGCAGCUGUGACCGAAAAAGAAAAUCGUUUGGGGUAACGUAUUACCCCCACUCAGCCGUUUACGCUCGACAUUUACCACAAAAAUGUCUGCUCCUUACCAACCGCGCAGCGUUACUAGUGUACAUGAUAAUUUGAUGCAACAAGAGCGAAUUGCGGCAGACGACUUGCCUUCAGAUAGCGAAGAAGAUAAUGAAGAAUUACAGACUGACUCGGAAUCGGAAGAGGACAUUGAAGAUGAACCUUUUGAAGCAUCGACAGAAACUGAAGUUAGAGAAGGGUCAGAGAGUGAAGAUGGAAAUACUGCUGGACCUCCAACCAACAAGCGAAAAAGAUUUCCUAUUUUUCGUGCAAGUUCAAGACGUGACCGUAGACGAAGCAUCUAUCUUGGAAAAGAUGGACAUGAAUGGUACACCACAGCGCGGGAGAGGCCAGCAGAUCAUCAGCGCAAUGUAAAAACGUUUUUACCUGGUCCCAUCGGAGAAGCAAAAUCCGUGAGAAGUCCGCUCGAUGCAUGGUCUCUACUAUUUAGUGACGCGUUAUUGGAAAAAGUGGUUCAUUACACCAAUCAAGAAAUAAAGCGGUAUCGUGACACUAAGGAAAGUGAGGCUGUCUCACAAGCGACGUAUGCAGAUGUGGACCUAUGUGAACUGAAGGCUUUCAUUGGAGUUCUGUACCUUUCCGGUCUACAGAAAACUGCAAGUACGCCAUUAGAAGAUAUGUGGUCCCAUGACUUUGGGCCUGUCCUUUACCGCUGCACGAUGUCACGCAACAGAUUUACAUUUCUCCUGAAAAUGCUUCGCUUCGACGAUAAAACGACAAGAUCUACACGUAGAGAGACGGACAAGUUUGCACCGAUCCGUGAGAUUUGGGAGGAUUUCAUCUCUAAAUGUACUAGUUUUUAUUGUCCAGACACGUAUUGCACUGUUGACGAACAGUUUAUUUCUUUCCUAGGACGAUGCCCUUUCAAAGUCUAUCACCGUGCAAAACCAGAUAAAUAUGGCAUUAAAAUCGUGAUGCUCAAUGACUCGAGGACUUUUUACAUGUACACCGCAGAACCGUACGUGGGAAAAGUUCAAAAAGAAAACAUUGAAACCGUACCGUCUUAUUACAUUCGGAAAUUGACAGAACCUCUGCACGGAACCUCGCGUAACAUAACUUGCGACAACUGGUUCUCGUCUACAGAAAUUUUCGAUAGAAUGUUGUCACAACAUUCCAUCACGAUGGUAGGCGCACUCAGAAAGAAUAAACGUCAAAUUCCUCAACACUUCCAUGCUGCGGACCCUGUGUAUUCGUCACAAUUUCUCUUCGAUGGAACAAAGACGCUGGUGAAAUAUACACCGAAGAUAAACAAAUUUGUGUUGCUCUUGUCUUCUUUGCACUGGCAGGCAGAAGUUGAUCAGCAGACGCUAAAGCCUAGCAUUAUAUCAUUUUACAAUGAUACCAAGGGAGGUACCGAUUGUUUCGAUCAAAUGUGCCACGAGUACACCACAGCAAGGAACACCCUUCGGUGGCCUAUGCGUUUCUGGUACGGAAUGCUCGAUCAAGGAGGAAUCAACGCGUUGAUCUUGCACAAUUUCAACACUGAAAAUCCAAACCUGGUUCGAAGAGAAUUUUUGAAACAACUUGUUAGAAGUCUCAUUGAACCACACUUACGGGUACGACUGUGUGUGCCGAACCUCCGUCGCGAUUUGCGUGUCUCGAUGGAGGCUAUGGUAGAGAUUCAAGCACCACCACCAAGGAAUCCCCCAAAUACAAAAAAACUUGCACGCUGUAGCUUUUGUCCGAGGGCAGCCGACAGAAAAGUUAAAACGUAUUGUGAACGCUGCCGUCGUGCAAUUUGUGACGGGCAUAGAAUAACCCUGUGCUGUUCUUGCACAGAAACUGAUUAAAACUUUGUAAAGUUUUUGUCGA